AUGGUUAUUGGAGUAUUUCCAGCCGCCAAACUCGGCGUGCUGGCAAUUAAACAAAUCAGCAAGCCUAUUGCAAAUGUUAUAAAGUCCAAUGCAAAGUCAAGUCCAUUCUUUAGGAAAUACAUAUGCAUGCCGCCGGCACAGUUUUACAAUUGGGUGGAGGUAAAAACCAAGAUGUGGGCACUGAAUCUUGGGCGGCCAGUCACGGUGCCGCCAUUGAAUGAAGCCAUGGCCAUUGAGCUGGGUGCCAAUCUGCUUGGAGAGUUUAUUAUCUUUGCCAUUGGCGCCGGUUUGCUGAUAUUUGAGUAUUCCCGGCAAGCGAUAAAAGAGAACAAAAAGAAUGAGGCUCUUCAAUUGGAGAAGAUGCAGCUGACGAACACGCUGACUGAAAUGAACUUUCGCCUGGAGCGUCAAGAUGCACAAAUAAGAGAAAUGACCCGUGUUCUGGCGGACCUAGAUUCACGCAGCAUUUUUAAGUGGCACAAAGAACCGUUACAGGAGUAUGUGCCCUUCGAUCCGAGUACGCCAGAUCAGAGCGCCAGCGCCAGAUAUCCUAAAACUUAUUUGGGUUCAUACGAUCCCGAGGGCGGCAUGACAUUCCGUGCGCUCAACUAUCUACAAACACAGAUCUUUAUCGAUGGUCGGAAUCGAAAGGGAAAGCAAGCACUGCAGCAAAUGGAUGAGGUAGCUGAAAAACUCGAAAGAUCAUUUGGCGAGACGGUAAACAAUGCUGCGUUGCCCGUGAAAUUACUACAAUGACCAAAUCUGAACAAGGAUCAGGAUUUGGCACUACUCAUGUAUGCACUGACACUGAUGGAGCAAUAGAUCGCAUACAAAAUGCCACACCAAAUCGAUAAACUGCUUGAUUUAAAAAAAAAAAUUAAUUGUUAAAUCUACUUAUAUACUAUAUAUAGAUAGGUUAAAAGUCAAGUGUAAAUGUAAAUGUAUUUAUUAAUUUUUAUUGUUACUGAAGAACAAACUAUGAGAGAUGUUUAACAAG